AUGGACAUAAACCAGCAUAACGAAGAUAUGCAUGAGUCUCACCCAGUAAUGCUUGCAGAGGCAAAGUAUUUGUUGGAAAGCCACAAAGAGCGAUUUCGUGCAGAUUACAGAUCAAAUGCAUCCAAGACAUUCAGGUCUACGCUUGGAUAUCUCGAGUGUUUUUGUAGAAUCAAAGACAAAUCGAUGGCGGAGGAUCUGCGCACAAACCUUGCUGGACUACGCUUUGAUGAGAUGGAGAUUGCAUUACUGGGAUCUCUGUUUCCACAAUCAGUUGAGGAGGCAAAGGCGUUAAUACCAUCGCUGGAGUCAAAGAGCGAUGAUACCAUAAGCCAGGCUGUUGAAAAGAUACAGCAGAUGCUUUGA